UUGAUUUGUUCAUCACCGGCCAAAAACAAAAUAGAAGAACAAAUAAUGGGAUGGGUGAAUACAAUGCUCAGUUGCGUGUACACCACACAAAAGACCAAAAAACUGAAAAAAUGGAUAGACGGAUUCAUAAUUAAGAAAGGAUCGGGGCUAAUUCUUUACAAUGAAGAAAGGAAAGCAAUUCACAGAUGUACCUCGUUUACUGUUCUUGAGGACUCAACUAUUGAAACGUCAAUGUAUUUAGUUUGUGCAGAGAACUUGGAGGAAUUUAUGAGGGAAACCCAAAACCAGGAAUGUGCCAGUGAGUAUAAUUUAAAAUACAGUAAAAAAACCUCCCUAAAAUUAAAUGAAAGCAGCGAAAAUGCUGACAGGCACACUACUUUUAUGUUGGAUCAAGGUGAAAAUAAAAGACUGUGCGACAAUAAUGAAAAAUCAAAAGGACGAUCAGUUGAGGAUAUUUUAAGCUUAUUCCAGAAGCAAUAA